AUGAAGUUCUUCAAAUUCUUCCCGCUCGCCAUCCUGCCCUUCACGGCCCUGGCCAUCCCAGCCCCAGACGCCGUCUCCAAGACCCCAGGCGAGCUGGCCGACUUCCAACUCGCCAACGCGCUCGUCGCACGACAGAACAACGCAAACCUGUCAAACCUCGGAGACCUCCUCGGCGACCUGACCAAGUCUCUCGGAUCGGUGAAGGAACUCCUGUCCUCCGAAAGCCUGAACAACAUCCAGACUAUCGUGACGGACCUUUCGUACCUGCUCAAGCAGCCAACCGCAAAGGAAACCAAGGAAUUGAUUGGCACAGUGAGCUCUUUGCUGAACUCCAAGGGCCUGAAGAAUCUGAUCGACCAGUUGCCGGAUCUUUUGAAUGAUGUCGGCGGGCUGGUGACUCCUCAACUGAUUAACAAUGUGACCGAUCUGCUGGGGAAUGCGCACGAUCUAUUAGAUAAGGAGUUCGUUGGCAAUACGAAGGGGCUGAUCAACGAUGUUGCUCCGUUGGUGUCUGCCAUAUCUCAGGUCAUUACGGCCCUGUUGUCGAGUAUUUUGGGAUAG